AUGCAAUUCACAGUGGGUUUGUCUCCCCGUGGUGCUGGUCCGAGUUUUCCACUAGAUUCACCAAAUUACCCGAAUCAAUGGGGCAUCCGCUACAGUGUGUCCAGUGCGAAGGAUUUCAAAGGUUUGCGUAGCACAGUCUCGCAACAAUUCACACGUCUCGCGCAUCGAGCCAAUCGAACAUCGGAAAUGGUCAACACGAUGCAAGCGAACAGUGAAAUGACCGCCAAUUCUUCAUCGCAAUCUCGACCGCGACUUGGUCGUUUUUCUUUGCGCAAACGACAAACAACCUCACGACAGCUUUGA